AUGGGCAUUCAAGCUACUCCUGACGAUAGAGAACAUGUUGUGAAUCGACUUGCAGUGGUAGCUGGUACAUCAACCUACCAUCCCGCCAUGUCGCACGAUGAAGUCUUCGUGCCUGGCGUUUGCGGCCCAUAUCGUGACGUCCUCCUCCCGGAUGCCUUUAUGGCUGAGGGUGGUCAGUCAGCGACAGGGGAGAUGAUACGGCAUGUACUUGAGAGCCAUCCCUCAUACCAGACUGCAAAGGAAGCGGCAGACCAGGCCGAUGCCCGGAGAGAGCAGGCAUCAUCCAUUCCGUACAUUGCACGGUACUUCUUCUACGGCGACCUCUGGGGAAAUCGGUCUCCAAUCGCAGACGCUCGCAUGACAGGGGCUGCCAUCGGACUGAGAAGCGAUAAAUCUAUUGACAGCCUCGCGCUGCACUACUACGGGGCACUGGAAUUUAUCGCGCUACAAACUCGCCAGAUUGUUGAAACAAUGAACGAGCACGGCCACCAAAUUACAUGCAUCUCCAUGUCUGGCUCACAGACUCAGAAUGAUGAUCUUCUGGUUGGAUUGAUUGCGUCUGCAUGCAAUAUUCCGAUUGUCGUUCCUGAGUACGAGCAUGCCGCAGUGUGCCAUGGAGCUGCAAUGUUGGGAGUCAAAGCUGCAAGUGGCAGUGAUGGAGGAGAGCCGAAGGAUUUAUGGAGCAUCAUGGGGGAAAUGAGCAGGCCUGGUCGAUGUGUGCAGCCGAGUACAGAUAUGGAUGAGCAGCGACUGUUGCAGGUCAAGUAUGAGGUGUUUCUGGAUAUGUGUAUCAAGCAGCGUGAGUACCGCAGCCUAGUUGAUGGACGGCUUAAGGGAAGGGCCUAGCUAGUUUGGUUCAUUCUCGAAAUUGGUGAGAUGAUGAAAUAGGUGCAUAUGUUAGUGUAAGG